AUGCGCUGUCACCAAGUGCUUCGAUUUGUUUUCUUUGUAUCAGCAUCACUCGGAACCCCAUUGCCUCCCUAUCCAUCGAAGGAAGCUCAUGAUGCUCCAGACAUCUUUGAAAAGUUAUUCAACACAUCCUCAAGUCGCGCUCCCUUCAGCACAGGCAUAUACCAAGAGCUAUCUCUACUCGAAGCCAAGAUAUCAGACAUUGCAACAGGCAAAAUCAAGCCAAUUUCCACAAUUGAAGAAGGCAUCUCAGUCCUUUCCUCCAUUCCACAAACAAACAAGCAAACAAUCCUCCAAAGGGCCAUCGAUAUAGUAUCCCUCGGUCUAGUCCCAACAACCAUCAUCGACAUCCUCAAUGGUAUAACAAACCAUGAAAUAAACUCCAUAGCCAACAAUAACACAAAAGACCCAAGUCCACGAAUCCACCCAACAAAGUCGUCUAACGACGCACCCUACGACAUCCCCGAAGCAAACCUCCGCAGCGCAAUAUAUAUCCCACCAACCUUUUCCUAUGGCAAAAAUAACAAAACCCCCGUCCUCCUAGUCCCAGGAACUGCCGACCCAGCCGGUAGCACCUACUACUUCAACUACGCGAAAAUAUUUGCUGCAAACCCACACACAGACCCAGUGUGGGUCAAUAUCCCGGGCAACUCGCUAGGCGACAUCCAAAGCAACGCAGAGUACGUUGCAUACGCAAUAAACUACAUCUCGGGACUCUCGCAGCGUUCCAUCGGGGUUCUAAGCUGGUCGCAAGGUAGCUUGGACGUGCAAUGGGCGCUGAAAUACUGGCCGUCGACACGGGCCGCGGUAAGCGACUUCAUGGCUGUGAGUGGUGAUUUCCACGGGACGGUUGUUGAGACAUUGUGCAUGCUCGCCCAGCCAGUUUGUUCGCCGGCUGUACAGCAGCAGGGGUAUGAUACAAAGUUUAUUCGCGCUCUGCGUGGUCAGAAUGGGGAUUCGGCCUUCGUGCCGACGACGAGUGUGUAUUCUGGGUAUGACGUUGUUGUUCAGCCGCAGAGUGGGGAGUGGGCUUCUGCGGCGCUCGGGGAUGUACGUGAGGUUGGGGUGUCGAAUGUGCAGGUGCAGGCUGCUUGUGCGGGCCGUGCUGCUGGGGGAUUUUAUUCUCACUCGGCUAUGUUGGUUAAUCCGUUGGCAUAUGCUUUGUUUGUGGAUGCUUUGGUGCAUGAUGGGCCUGGGCGGUUGGAGAGGAUUGAUCUCAGUGUUGUUUGUGGGGAGUUGCUUGCGCCUGGUUUGAAUGUGUAUGAUUUCUUGGGGAUGGAGGCUGUGUCGAAUGUGGUUGGGGUGCUUGAUGUGUUGUUGUAUGGGUUUAAUGGGAGUGAGCCAGCGCUUCGGAACUAUGUUCAUCACUAG